AUGCUAUCCCUUCCGCUCCAGACUUUGUCAACAGCACAGGACACCGACGCCAGCGAGCAGAGGUUCAACUGGCAGAAAGAGACCAAUGACCUCACAUUGAUCAUCGACAGCUAUGGUGCGCGUGCGGGUCUUCAGCUCAUGAAACUGUGUCAAGGCUCGCAGGUUCGGCAAACCAUCGAAAUCGAGAGACUGAUCAACGAAGGCAAUCACAUUACGCGUCUGAGUGAAGAGCGCGGAGUGCAGGUGCAGCCCGACCACCUACGCAUAUCCGCCAUCGUGCGCUGCCCUCUGCUCGCUAUCAAAUGGCAAGUGGCCAACGACAAGAUCAGGCGCAUUCAGAUGAGGUUCAAGUCAGACAAAGACUUCGACACCGCAUUCAGCCACCUCCUUCAUCUCGGUCUCUAUAUGGGCGGCCAAAAGGCAGUCCCAGCAGCGCUCAACGAGUUCGUAUACCGCCACCUGGAGAGUGACGACUUCCUCACGCUGGUCCAAGACAUGGAGGCUACUUGGGCGAGAGUUGCAAUGUGA